GUGGAACGUGUGACAAGGACACUAAAUAUGUCAAGCUCAGCAGUGCAGAGGAAAAGUGCUGCAAGGCUGCGGAAGUGUGCCUUCUGCAGGACAAAUAAAGACAAGGAAUGUGGACAACUUCUAGUGUCUGACAACCAAAAACUUGCAGCUCACCAAAAGUGUUUGCUUUUCUCUUCAGCUCUUGUGACAGCACCUACUGACAGUGAAAACAUUGGAGGCUUUUCCAUUGAAGAUGUAAAGAAGGAAAUCAAGAGGGGAAAUAAACUGAUGUGUUCGUCUUGUCACAGGCCUGGAGCAACUAUUGGCUGUGAUGUGAAGACAUGCCGCCGAACAUAUCACUAUUACUGUGCACUUUGGGAUAAAGCUCAAAUUAAAGAGAAUUCUUCACAAGGCAUUUACCUAGUAUACUGCAGAAAGCAUCGGGAUUCCACACAGGACUCAAGUGAUGAUGAGUUGGAGAGAGGUGUAAAUAAUUCUGAUUCAUCACCGUCACGAGGAAGAGGAAGGGGGAAGGUGGAAAAAGGGCGUCCAAAAGUACCCAGUUCUCGAGGCCAAUCGGAGGAUACUCGAUCCACAUCUUCGCAUGGUACCGAUGACAUAGAGAGUGCCUCACAUCGUGACCGUUCACCUCUGAGAAGUAGCUCAAGUGAUGGUGGACCCCGCUGUGGAUUCUGUCAUGCAGGGGAAGAAGAGAAUGAAACCCGAGGAAAGUUGCAUGCAUCUACAGCAAAGAAGGUUGCAGCGCACUACAAAUGUAUGCUGUUUUCUUCUGGUACAGUGCAACUCACUACAACUUCAAGAGCAGAGUUUGGAAACUUUGACAUUAAAACAGUCAUUCAGGAAAUCAAGCGUGGAAAAAGAAUGAAAUGCACCUUGUGUAGUCAGGCAGGAGCUACCAUUGGAUGUGAGAUCAAAGCUUGUGUGAAGACCUAUCAUUACCACUGUGGCCUGCAGGACAAAGCCAAGUACAUUGAGAACAUGGCAAGAGGCAUCUACAAACUUUAUUGUAAGAAUCACAGUGGUAAUGAAGAAAGAGAUGAGGAAGAUGAGGAACGAGAGAGUCGUAGUCGAGAGAGGGCUGGAAUUGACCAUGGGGGCACCAAUCCACCUCUGCAGCAAAAUGGCAAUUAGGCAGACGUAUGGCAGGAAGACCUCAUCAGACUCACCAGGAGAGAUUGAAUACAUCAAGAAAUACAAGGAUUCAUCUAUUUUCGUUGAUUUUUAUAGCGCUGGGAACGAUGUGUUCAUUGCCUAAACUGGUAGUAAAGCUUGCAUGCCAUGAGCCGCCCAUGGCUGGAAUUCUAGUCCAUCACAGGGAGUAUUUCUGCAAAAUAACUGACAAAACUAAUUUUAGAAUUGCCAAGCAAGCAGAAUUAUGGGUGUUGUGGAGAAACCUGUUGAGGGGACAUGCAAAUUUCAUGAAGGAAUAUAACCGAGUUGGGCACAGCAUUGAUGGAGAACACUCAAGAGUAAAAUGCUAAUCGCAGUAUUGGCUGCAAAGAUUCAUUAAACUGUUUUUUUCUUUUCUGUUCUGUAUUUGUUCAACAUACAGACAUGCAAAAACAGUAACUGUAAUUCCAGAGGAAUAUAAUUAAGAGUUUAAAACACCCUAUAGCCAUGUUUGUAAUGAAAACUUGUGGCGAAUGCCGCUCUCCAGAUAGUGACUUGUAAAUGUAUUUCCUGUAUUGCGUGUCUGUUUUGGUAAAGGCAGUUUUAUAAGUCAGUAAAAAUAUUUAAGACAUCCUUUUAGGAAUCUGGGUGUGCUUUAUGAAA